AUGUCUGAGCCCAUCAGAAACAAGAAGGCUGAUUUCCCGGUCGCACCGACCCCGCAAAACACGCCGGCCAACAAUGCUCCUAUCUCAUCUCACGCUCAGCAACCUGGUGUUUCCAGCAUCAAGGAGGAAACCCUUGACAAUGCCACCGCUGCCUCCCUCUUCGCCCGCAACCCAGCCCUGGUCUCCAUGAUCCAAGGCAAGCUCGGUCAGCUUGUCGGUCGCUCCUCCGGCUACAUCGAAUCUCUCCCUCCUUCCGUCCGCCGCCGCGUUGCCGGCCUGAAGGGUAUUCAGAAGGAGCACUCUAAGCUUGAGGGUCAGUUUCAGGAGGAAGUUCUGGAACUUGAAAAGAAGUACUUUGCCAAGUUCACUCCGCUGUACAACCGUCGCUCUACCAUUAUCAACGGUGGUGUCGAGCCGACCGAUGAUGAGGUUGAGGCUGGAAAGGAAGAUGAAGAGGAGGAUGACGAGGAGGAAUCCAAAGAGUCCAAGAAGGAAGAGGGGGCCCCCAUUAACGGUAUUCCCGAGUUCUGGCUCUCUGCCAUGAAGAACCAGAUCUCUCUUGACGAGAUGAUCACCGAGCGUGAUGAGGAGGCACUGAAGCACCUCACCGACAUUCGCAUGGAGUACCUUGACCGCCCCGGAUUCCGCCUCAUUUUCGAGUUCUCUGAGAACGAAUUCUUCACCAACAAAACCAUCUCCAAGUCAUACUUCUACAAGGACGAGAAUGGAUACGCUGGUGACUUCAUUUACGACCACGCCGAAGGAUCACCAAUCGAAUGGAAGGAAGACAAAGACCUGACCCUCCGUCUGGAGAGCAAGAAACAGCGUAACAAGAAUACCAAGCAGACCCGCGUUGUUAAGAUCAGUGUGCCUACCGAGUCCUUCUUCAACUUCUUCUCUCCCCCACAGCCCCCCACCGAGGACGACGAGUCCGUUGCCAGCGACAUUGAAGAGCGUCUGGAGCUCGAUUACCAGCUCGGUGAAGAUAUCAAGGAGAAGCUUAUUCCCCGCGCCAUCGACUGGUUCACUGGCGAGGCUAUUCAGUUCGAGGAGCUUAACGACGACAUGGAGGAUAUUGGGUCUGAGGAAGAUGACGAUGAGGACGAUGAGGACGAAGACGAUGAGAAUGACGAUGACCAUGGGUCGGAUCGUGACGUCGAGGAGGACUCAGAUGAAGAGGAUGGAACCUCCAAGCCCAAGAAGGAGGCCGCCGAGUGCAAGCAAAACUGA